AUGGAUACCUCUCACGAAAUUCAUGAUAAAAUACCCGAUACAUUAAGAGAGCAGCAGCAGCAUUUGCGCCAAAAAGAGUCGGAAGGGUGCAUAACAACAUUGAAAGAUCUUAAUGUACCUGAGACGAAGAAACUUUCCUCCGUCUUACAUGGCAGAAAGGCGAGUACAUAUUUAAGAAUUUUUAGAGAUGAUGAAUGUUUAGCCGAUAACAACAAUGGUGUAGAUAGCAAUAAUGGCGGGUCCGUGACAUGCGCGGACAAAAUAACAAGGUCAGAAGCAACUCCCAAAUCGGUACCAGAAGGACUACAAGUUUCUGAAAAAAAGAAUAACCCAGAUACUUUGUCCUCUUCAUUGUCAAGUUUCAUUUUAUCUAACCACGAGGAGCCGGCAAUUAAGCCCAAUAAACACGUGGCGCAUAGAAAUAAUAUUACUGAGACAGGUCAAGGCUCUGGUGAGGAUAUCGCAAAACAACAAUCACACCAACCACAGGUGUUACACCACCAGACUUCUUUAAAGCCAAUUCAGAAUGUUGAUGAGGGAUGUAUUUCGCCUAAGUCCACUUAUCAGGAGAGCUUACAUGGAAUAUCGGAGGACUUAACGUUAAAGCCUGUUUCUUCUGCAACAUACUAUCCUCACAAAAGUAAAGCAGAUUCUGGUUAUGAAGAAAAGGAUAAAAUGGAAAAUGAUAUUGAUACUAUUCAGCCUGCCACCAUAAAUUGUGCCUCUGGUAUAGCGACACUUCCUAGUUCAUAUAACCGACAUACUUUCAAAGUUAAGACAUAUUCAACUUUAUCACAAUCCCUAAGGCAAGAAAACGUCAACAAUCGUAGUAACGAAAAAAAACCUCAACAGUUUGUGCCACAUAGCGAAUCAAUUAAAGAAAAACCCAAUACGUUUGAACAAGAUAAAGAAGGCGAGCAAGCGGACGAAGAAGAGGAUGAAGGUGAUAAUGAACAUAGGGAAUAUCCCCUAGCAGUUGAACUAAAACCAUUUACGAAUAGAGUUGGAGGUCACACUGCAAUAUUCAGAUUUUCGAAGAGAGCGGUUUGUAAGGCUCUAGUGAAUAGAGAAAACAGGUGGUAUGAGAAUAUAGAGCUGUGCCAUAAAGAAUUAUUGCAAUUCAUGCCACGUUAUAUUGGUGUCCUGAAUGUUAGGCAACAUUUUCAGUCAAAAGAUGACUUUUUAAGCGAUUUGGAUCAAGAAAACAACGGUAAAAAUGAUACCAGUAAUGAAAACAAAGACAUAGAAGUCAAUCAUAACAAUAACGACGAUAUUGCGCUUAAUACAGAACCCACGGGGACCCCCUUAACACACAUACAUUCCUUCCCCUUGGAACAUUCGUCGAGACAAGUACUUGAAAAAGAGCAUCCUGAAAUUGAGUCUGUCCAUCCACACGUGAAAAGAUCACUGUCAAGUUCCAACCAACCUUCCUUGUUGCCCGAGGUUGUAUUAAAUGAUAACAGGCAUAUUAUACCGGAAUCUCUGUGGUACAAAUAUUCCGAUUCUCCAAACUCGGCACCGAAUGAUUCGUACUUUUCGUCCUCCUCUUCUCAUAACUCAUGUUCGUUCGGUGAGCGUGGCAAUACAAAUAAAUUAAAAAGACGCGAUUCUGGGUCCACCAUGAUCAAUACUGAAUUGAAGAACCUAGUCAUAAGGGAAGUAUUUGCACCGAAAUGUUUUAGAAGGAAAAGAAACUCUAAUACGACUACAAUGGGAAACCAUAAUGCGCGUUUGGGUUCCAGUCCAUCUUUUUUAACACAAAAAUCAAGAGCCUCGUCCCAUGAUGCAUCGAAUACGUCUAUGAAGACUCUUGGUGAUUCAUCGUCACAAGCGAGUUUACAGAUGGAUGACUCGAAAGUCAAUCCGAAUUUGCAGGAUCCUUUCUUGAAAAAAUCGCUUCAUGAAAAAAUAUCUAAUGCUUUAGAUGGCUCGCAUUCAGUAAUGGAUUUGAAGCAAUUCCACAAAAACGAACAAAUAAAACAUAAAAACUCUUUCUGCAACUCUUUAUCACCCAUUCUCACUGCAACCAAUUCUAGAGAUGAUGGCGAAUUUGCCACCUCCCCGAAUUAUAUCAGCAACGCACAAGAUGGUGUUUUUGAUAUGGAUGAAGAUACGGGAAACGAAACUAUAAAUAUGGAUAACCACGGCUGCCAUCUUGACUCUGGUAAAAACAUGAUUAUAAAGUCAUUGGCGUAUAAUGUUUCAAAUGACUAUAGUCAUCAUGAUAUUGAAUCAAUUACGUUUGAGGAGACGUCCCACACCAUUGUUUCAAAAUUUAUCUUAUUGGAAGAUUUGACAAGAAACAUGAACAAGCCUUGUGCACUGGAUCUAAAGAUGGGGACAAGACAAUAUGGCGUAGACGCCAAAAGAGCCAAGCAACUGUCACAGCGUGCAAAGUGUUUAAAGACCACUUCUAGGCGUUUAGGCGUUAGAAUCUGCGGAUUAAAGGUUUGGAACAAAGAUUAUUAUAUCACAAGAGAUAAAUACUUUGGUAGAAGGGUUAAGGUUGGUUGGCAAUUUGCUAGGGUACUUGCACGUUUUUUGUAUGAUGGUAAGACCAUUGAAAGUUUAAUCAGGCAAAUUCCAAGGUUGAUCAAGCAACUAGAUACUUUGUAUUCUGAAAUUUUUAAUUUGAAAGGUUACAGGCUAUAUGGCGCGUCUUUAUUACUAAUGUACGAUGGAGAUGCUAAUAAAUCAAAUUCUAAAAGGAAAAAAGCUGCUAAUGUUAAAGUCAACUUGAUCGAUUUUGCACGUUGUGUUACUAAAGAAGAUGCAAUGGAAUGUAUGGAUAAAUUUCGUAUACCCCCAAAAUCGCCAAAUAUAGAAGAUAAAGGGUUCUUACGAGGUGUGAAGAGCUUGAGGUUUUAUCUGUUAUUAAUCUGGAAUUAUCUGACUUCUGAUAUGCCGUUAAUUUUCGAUGAAGUAGAGAUGAAUGAUAUGAUUAGCGAAGAAGCAGAUUCGAAUAGUUUCACCUCCGCCACCGGUUCGAAAAUCAACUUCAACAGUAAGUGGGAUUGGUUAGAUGAAUUUGACAAAGAAGACGAAGAAAUGUAUAAUGAUCCAAAUAGUAAACUAAGACAAAAAUGGAGAAAAUACGAGCUUAUUUUCGACGCUGAACCAAGAUACAAUGACGAUGCUCAAGUUAGUGAUUGA